AUGCGCCAUGCCCACCAUUUCGCAUCUCUUACUCCCCGUGCCGAACUCAUCGCCGUCUGUUCCCCGGUCCAAGCCGAACUAGACGCCGCAGCAAAAGAAUUCCCCGACGUCCACACCUACACCGACUAUGACCAAAUGCUAUUCAAAGAAGAAACCCUGCAAGCCGUCAUCGUCGCCAGCACCACAAUUGCACACGCUGAACAAGCCAUCAAAGCAAUCGAGCUAGGCCUGCACUCCGAAUCCGUCGUUGAUGCCUACAAGACCUCUUUAGAGUCGCACCCAAACCAGAAAGUUAUCUGUGGAUUCUCGAGGAGGUUCGACACAAGCUACCGCGACGCACACAAACGCAUAGUAAAUGGCAGUAUCGGCAGGCCCUCCGUCUUCCGUUCACAGACCUGCGAUAAGCUCAGUCCUAUUGACUUCUUCGUCAAGGACGCAGAAAGCUCGUGCGGAAUAUUCCUAGACUGUUCGAUUCACGAUAUUGAUUUGGCGCUUUGGUUCUUCGGCGAAGAGAGUAAUUUAAAGAGUGUUACGGCGGUCGGGAUUACAGCUGUGCAGCCUGAUUUGAGGAAGCCUCAUGAUCGGGACAAUGCGUUGGGAAUCAGUGAAUUUUACGGUGGAAAAAUGGCCCAACUCUACUGCUCGCGCAUGAUGGCGGCAGACCAGGAAUAUUGCACCGAGAUUCUUGGAACCGAGGGCAAGAUCGCAGUUGACACACAGCCGCAGCUGAAUCUGGUGAAUCUGUACGAGCCCGGUGGUAUCAGACGGGAGAUUCCGGCGGAUUUCUAUGAGCGGUUCAAGGAGGCCUUUGUAACGGAGGCGAAUGAGUUUACCGCUUCUUGCUUGGAUAACACGCCGGCGCCUUUGCAGCUGGACUCGGCGGUGAAGGCUGUUGCUAUUGCGUGUGCGUUGCAGGAGUCGUUGAUUACCGGAAAGAAGAUUGAAUUUGAUGAAAAUGGAAGACGGCUUGUGGGGUCCAAGUUGUAA